AUGGCCGUCGGUACCUCAGCAGGAGAAGACACCCGCAUCGUCUUCAACGAAGAGCGCAAAAAGGAGAUCACCCGCGCCGAAGAGGAGUUUGAGAAGAAGCAGAGCGAGGAAUCCACUUCUCAUGCUUCCGACAAGAAGGGUGAGGAGGAGGUGCCUGAAGCUGAGAGGAAGGCGGAGGAGGAGGGCCUGGGUGAGCCCCAGCCCGGAAUGGACGGGACUGUUAAGCAGGGGAGUUUGAUUGAGAAGGCGGGUGUGAAGGACUUGCCUGAGGGCCCCGUCAGCGCCAAGAAUGGAGGCAAGAGAGAGGAGAAGAAGGAGGAGGCGGAUGGCAGCACGCCCAAGCCUUAGAUUGGCUGUACACGAGAGAACUUUGUAUGAACGUUGCUGUUCUGGAGAGUU